GCCUACCAUUAUCUCUCAAGGUACCUACGAUCGGGCUCGCUCACCGCUAGACUCGAGCACAGUAAUACGCGCCAACUCGCCUUUCGCACUUCGGACAGUCGACGAGACUAUCCUUCACAACCGCUAUCGAGCACCAUCCACACUCCAUGGCCAACCCAUAUGGCCCGCCUGGCUUUGGAGCGGCGCGGCAGCCAUCAUAUGGUGCCGCACCAGGUAUGGGGGCACCGCCUGGUUUUGAAGCAGCGCCCGGUAUGGCACAGUCGCCAGCAGGAUACCAGGGACAGUUCCAACCUCCUCCCAACAUGCCGAACAUCAACUUCAACGCGCCUGUGAUACGGCUUGGCGUUGAUGGACCGGCGCGAGAUGGCAGGGGAGGCGAUCGCGGUGAUCGAGGAGACCGUGGCCCACGAGGCGGCAAUGCCGACUUUGCUGGCAACAGAGGCAGAGCGGGACUGGGUGCCGAUUCGCGAAAUGUGGACAGAGACAGGGAGAGGGUUCGCGAAAAUAUGGUCUCAACUCAACCUCCCACACGAGAAGAGGUCGCCCGAACCAUCUUUGUUGGAGGUCUCGUGGCCGGCGCUCCCAACGAGAAAGCGCUCUGCGAGAUACUGAAAUGUGCGGGCAAGUUACGACGCUGGACGAGAGCCUACGAUGCAGACAACAAGCCCUGCACGUUUGGUUUUGCAGAGUACGAGGACGUAGACAGUCUAGAGGCAGCCUUUGAGAGCUUUCGUGAUCUCGAGGUACCAAUGUUCGACGCUGCAGGCGCAGCUCAGAGGGAUGACGAGGGCGAGGUGAAGACAAUGAAGCUGUUGGUAGUCGUGGACGAGGAGAGCCAGAAGUAUAUACAGGAAUGGAUAGGGAAGCGCAAGGAGGAUGAGAACAGUCGUCAGUUCCGUUUGGACACCGCGAAAGAAUACCUGAAAACACAUCUCGCCCGCCUCGCGGAUGAAGCUUCUCAUGCAACAAAUGGAACCAACGGCGCAAAUGGAGACUAUGAGGGGGACACCUCAAUGGGAGAUGCAAACGGCGACGGCGUGGAACACAUCACAAUCACGGCUACGAACCUGGAUGACGAGCUAGCCGAUAUACCAGCAGAACAGCGUGCCACUGUUGCUGAGGAGAUCAAGGCUUUUCGAGAUCGGUCGGGUCGGCGUGACGUUGAGCGAGCGAGGAGAGAAGAGGAAUUGGAGCGUGAGGAACGACGACGUAAUGGUGGGCCUACUCAUACCAACCGCCUAGCCUCUCCGCCUCCCAAUGGGGUGCCUUCUGGUCCUGGCGGAUCGAAUGGCGUCCCAAUUGGACCUCGAGGUCAACAAGGUGUGCAAGGAGCGCCUGCAGGACCCAAAGGAUAUCGUGGGGCCCAGCUGCCAAGCGACUACGUUAACGGUGUUGUCUUCGUGCCCGGAGCUGGUCGUUAUGGGCGCCCUGCACGCGUUGAGCUGGAUCGCGAGGCCGAGGAUGCUGAAGAAUCCGACGAGGAGUUGGAGCGCCGCCGCGUAGCACGUCACAACAUUGAACUCGACAAGGAGUUUCGAGACCAAGUGGAGCGAUGGCAGAAGAGAGAGCGCACACGAGGCAUGGCCCAAGAGCGCGAGAAGAACCGUGAAGAGGCCGAACGUCGCAACCUCGAGAGAGCGAAGGAGGACAUGCUUAGCAAGCUCGCCAAUUGGAAUGAUGACGAAGAGGCUAUCAAGAGUAGGGAUAUGUACUACAAGGAUCGUUCCCUUUGGCAGCGUGAGCGUGAGCAUCAGCGCGAUUAUGAGAGAAAAGAAGAUGAACUUGAUCGAAGGGCCGAAGAGCGCGAGCAAGCAGACGAACGCCGCCGUAACAACGAGGCGAGUGGGAUGGCCAAUGACUUCCUUGGUCAACUUGGCAGUGAGAUGGACACUCGUUCGGAUCAACCUGCGGCCGCUGCCCCGGCUGGUUUCAAGAUCUCUCUCGGAGGCGCAAAGUCUCGACAGCCUGCUGUUGCCCCCAAGCGAGUUAUGGCUGAUGUGGAAGGUCUCCUGGAAGAUGAGGAAGAUGCUGCGGCAGCUGGCGUCAAGCUUGAUCUCAAGCCUCUCCAGGACACUUCUACUGUUCCCAUGCAUGGCCAAGAUCUCUCUGACGAGGACAAGGCCGCUGGUCGCAAACAGCUCGCCUCGGAAAUUCCUACAGAUACGAAUGCGCUGUUCGCGCAUCCUAUCAGGUGGGAGUACCUCACGCCUUCGCUCGUGGACGCACAGAUUCGUCCGUUUGUGGAGAGAAAGGUAGUUGAGUAUCUUGGAGUUCAAGAGGAUCUGAUUGUGGAUACUGUCAUUGAUGGCAUUCGCGAGAAGCGUAAAGCCUUGGACAUCAAGGAAGAUCUCGAAGGACCUCUGGAAGACGAGGCGGAAGUCAUGGUUAAAAAGGUUUGGCGACUCAUGAUUUUCUGGGGCGAGUGCGAGAGUCGAGGACUCCAACAAUAGCGGGGCCUGACGCCUACCAGGCUUGGUGGUCUGCAAAUAUGUUAUGAGCGGAGUGAGCCUCAGAGUGAGCCUCAGCUGUAAUAUAGGAGCCUUCGUAAGUUCAUCUCAAGCUCUGUCCAGCUGUUGGAAAGACAGAUCCAAUUGUUACCCACCCGCCUGUGACUAGGGAAAGACUUCUGCAACGGUAAAGAUUUGUCGGCUGCAACGCAACCUUCG